UCCCCGGUAUAUCAACUUUUUUUUUAUUUAUUUAUUUUUUAACUUCAUGUUACGGUGUUAAUCAAUAAUCCACAAGUAUUUGUCAUCCUUGCAAACAAGGGGACCAGGAAAAGCACCCAGAGAUGGAAGAACCGAGGAACAACACAGGCCUACAUCAACUUGUUGAAGACGAAGACAAAAAAUACCAAGAAGACAAGGUCAAGAGAGAAACUUUAUUUGAUCUGAACGCAUCUGGUCCUGAUUCUGGUGUUGAUAACGGCCCCGAACUCAAUCUCAUCACUCGUUUGGAUCAGAGUCCAUCAAAAGCAUCAUCAGAAAGCUGUGCCGAUGGUGCCGAUGCUGGUGUUGGUUCAGGAGCAGAACCACGAUGUUUUUCAUGUAAUUACUGCCAGAGAAAGUUCUACAGUUCACAAGCGCUAGGGGGACACCAAAAUGCGCACAAGAGAGAGCGAUCAAUAGCGAAAAGAGGACAGAGGCUUGGAACGCAAAUACUGGCUUCAGCAGCAGCUUAUGGUCAUCCUUUCCUGCAUAAUUAUGGGUAUGCGAGCAUGGCGUCCCUGCCUCUCUACGGUGCUGCUUGCAAUAACGAGCCUCUGGGGAUUCAGGCUCACUCUUUGAUCCACAAGCCAUGUAAUAAUGGGCACAGGGCUUGGGCACACCAGCCCGGGAUAGGGAAGCUAGAGAUGGUGAAUUUUCAUAAAACGACGUCGGGAUUAGCUUCGAGAGGAAGUGUGGGGAGGUUUGAAAUUGUGAAGACUAUGAUGGGUUGUGCAGAAAAUGAAGAGAUCAGUGGGCGUUUGGUGGGCGGGACUCACUGCUUGAAGACUAGCCCAGAAGAAACGAAGCACCUUGAUUUGUCUCUCAAGCUUUAGGCAUAGGCUCGUUGAUUAGGUUUGGCCUCUUGGAUGGUACGAUCAGCAUGAUCAAUAGGCCAAAGCAUUUUGUCAAAUUUCUUUUCCCAUCGUGUGGAAUAAUUAUAUUUUGUAAAUUUUUUUCCUGGUAGGAUCAAAUUUCUGUUUCUGUUGAUCAACUUGAUUUGUAGCGUAUUCAACUCCUCUGUAAGGAGUGUCAUUUAGUUCAUAUUUCAAGUUUUUCACGGCGUCAUUUUUUGCGCCUCCUGCUUUA